GAUGAACUUCUUGGUUCUCGAAGCAGUCAGCAUUGUUGGCGACCUCACUGUCUUACUUAUCGAGGUUGGGAAUUACGUCAACCUGUUCAUCUCGAGGUACCUAGCGAUGUCGGACCCGUGAAUUCGGUUCCUAUCUCUACUGGUACUGUGUCUAAUUCCGUAUUUAACCGUCUCCAUUCUACCGAUUUACCCGAUGAAUUGUCAGCCGGGCUUCGAGAUCCGGAAGCUUUUAAUGAAGCAGAUGAACCUACCGAUGGUGCAUACGAUGCCAAAGGAGCAUUUUCCUUGAUUAUUCACUCUAACGAACAAUUAUCUGCUGUCCUCGAUCGAUCCAGCUUUUUAGCACUCGCUAGUCUGCAAGUUUAUAACCAAUCUGACAAGCCGAAGGUAUCAGGCAUUAGCAGCACGUCUUCGUCGCGUCUUAUGCCCUUUGCCUUUAUGCUCGGCCCUUCUCCUGUUAUCUCAAUAGGACAAGUACAAUCUUGCUCAAAAUCUUCUGUUAAAUCAGGCUUGAGGAGCUUAUCUGGAUCAGUAUCCGGUAUUUGCACAGGUACUACAAGAACAGCAGAAUUGGCGGCGUCUCGAAGACCUUCUGCAAGCAAACGAGCUGAACUCGAGUAUAAGCUCCUGGAGCCUGUUUAUAAUAGAAAGCCUGUCGGCGAGCUUGGUAUCCCUCAAUCGGUUUGA